AAUGCAUUUAUAUUCCUGUUGCUGUCAUAAGGCGACACCCCCCCCGCACGCGCACGCAGUGGAAUGUUCCGCCGGGCUCUGGGUUCUGUUGUUGUGCAAAGCUGCAGAAGGCCUGACACAGGCAGUGGGGAAGAGAGCGAGCGAGAGUGAGAGAGGGUGGAACACGGCCACGCAGGCAGGCACGCACACUUGGACCUGGACGGUCUUUUUUUUUUUUUUUUUGGUCUCCUUUUCAUCGGCCUGGUGAUCCAAGGUCCCCUUGGGAGGACGUGGUGAGGAGAAAUAGGGUGCUGGGACGAAGCAAGGUGGAGGAGGUGAAGGAAGGAAAGAAAGGUGGGGAGGAAUUAAGGUGGUAUUCCUGCCAUCAUCUCCAGGACAUUGCUCGUUUUUGUCCUCCAUCCUCCUCAGAGACAGAGGACAGAAGAGGAGGAGAAAGAGGAGGGGGAGACAGUAACCCUCUCCUCUCCUUUCACUCAGACGCACAUCAGCAAGAUCCAAACACCAGGGGAAAAAAAGGCGCCUCCUCUGUUCGCUUUUCGUCCCUCGGCCAGCGAGCGGCUAAAAGGCUCCGCUCAUGUCAGUGAACUCGGAGAAAUCCUCGUCCCCGGAAAGGCCUGAGACGCAGCAGAAAGCCUCGCCGAGCGUACCCCCUCCCCCGCCACCCCCUCCGCCUCCACCGGAGCCGGCGGGGCCCCCGGAGCCGGAGGAGGAGAUCCUGGGCUCCGACGAUGAGGAGCAGGAGGACCCAGCGGACUACUGCAAAGGAGGCUACCAUCCGGUCAAGAUCGGGGAUUUGUUCAACGGGAGGUACCAUGUGAUAAGGAAGUUGGGGUGGGGCCAUUUCUCUACAGUAUGGCUGUGCUGGGACAUCCAAGUGAAGAACUUCGUGGCGAUGAAGGUGGUGAAGAGCGCCCAGCAUUACACCGAGACGGCCUUGGAUGAGAUCAAGCUGCUGCGAUGUGUGAGGGAGAGCGACCCCGCCGACCCCAACAAAGACAUGGUGGUCCAGCUCAUAGAUGACUUUAAGAUCUCCGGCAUCAAUGGCAUUCAUGUGUGUAUGGUGUUUGAAGUGCUGGGUCACCAUCUGCUCAAGUGGAUCAUAAAGUCCAACUACCAAGGUCUGCCACUGCCGUGCGUCAAGAGCAUCAUCAAACAGGUCUUGCAGGGGCUGGACUACCUGCACUCCAAAUGCAAAAUCAUCCACACAGACAUAAAGCCUGAGAACAUCCUGAUGUGCGUGGACGACACAUUUGUGAGGCGCAUGGCCAUGGAGGCCACCGAGUGGCAGAAAGCUGGAGCGCCGCCCCCUUCCGGGUCGGCAGUUAGCACAGCCCCGCAGCUCAAACCGGUGAGUACGACUGAUGUGGGGAAGAUCUCCAAGAACAAGAAGAAGAAGCUGAAGAAGAAGCAGAAGCGUCAGGCUGAGCUGCUGGAGAAGAGGAUGCUGGAGAUUGAAGCCCUGGAGAGGGAAGCUGAGAAGAAGGACGAGCGAGCCAAUGAAGAGGGCGACGAGGUAGAUGAAGAGGAGGAGGGGGCGAAUGAAGACGAUGCGCCGGAGCAGCCGAAGCGGGAGCAGCUGUCCACGCCGACCUCAGCGCUUCCUCAAUUGACGCUGCUGGGCCCCAGCAUGGCCCUAGGAGAGAGCGAUGAGGACGACGACGAUGAGGAGGAGGACGGCGAAGAGGAGGAGGAGGAAGGUGGCGAGAGGCCCACCAGGUUGACCAAUCAUACAUGUGCAGCACACAACGAGGAGCCCGGCGAGGAGGAGGAGUCUCCCCGCAUCAUCGACGACGAUCGGGACGAUGAACAAGAGGACGAGGAGACCACGCCCGUGGCCGAGAAAGACACCCCCAUCCCUCCCGGUAAUGGAGAUUUCACACAGACGGAGGAGGGGGAGGGGGAGGAAGAGGAGGCACUGAAAGGAUCGCAGUUGGAAGAGGAGACACGGGAGAGAGUCAACGACGAGGAGAAAGAAAAUGAUCUUGAGGAGAAGGAAACAGAAGAAGAGAAGGAAGAUGAAGAAGAAGAGGAGGAAGCAGAGGAUGACGACGACAACACCACCACCGACCUCCUCAAAUACAACAGCUCCCCCGUCAAGAUGCACGCCAAUAAAACCAACGAGGCCAAAACCAACGGCCACAUCCUUCUGGCUUCAGAGGGGCCAGACGCCCACCUGCUCCCCACACCUGAGCCUCACCUUUGCCCCCUGGUGGAGUCUGAGCUCAGCUACACCGACAGGGAUCUCUCGCUCAGCUCUGGCUACGAGAUGUUCAACGGCGAGGCGGGCGAGCCGGGACUCACCAACGGCUCGGGCGAGCGCCCGAGGGUCACCGUGGCGCUCUUUCCAGAGUUGCCUCUGGAUCCGGAGCCUGGAAGUCCCGUAAGCGGGGGUACGGGCGACACUGGAGGGGGGAAGUCGCCCGACAGCCCCGCGGCAGACCGCAGCCGCACCGUAUCGUCAUCCAGCACGGGCGACACGCCUAAAGCGCGAGCCCGAGCUGCAGACCUCCUGAUCAACCCACUUGACCCCCACAACGCCGAAUCUAUCCGAGUGAAAAUAGCUGACCUUGGAAAUGCCUGCUGGGUGCACAAGCACUUUACGGAGGACAUCCAGACGAGACAGUACCGCUCCAUCGAAGUGCUGAUAGGAGCUGGUUACAGCACUCCUGCCGACAUUUGGAGCACCGCCUGCAUGGCCUUUGAGCUGGCCACGGGGGACUACCUGUUCGAGCCCCAUUCUGGCGAGGACUACUCGAGGGAUGAGGACCACAUCGCUCUGAUCUCGGAGCUCCUCGGGAAGGUCCCACGCAAAGUGUACGCUGCCGGGAGGUACAGCCGAGAGUUUUUCUCCAAGAAAGGCGAGCUGCGGCACAUCACCAAGCUGAAGCCGUGGUCUCUGUUCGACGUGCUGGUGGAGAAGUAUGGCUGGGCUCACGAGGACGCCAGCCACUUCACCCAAUUUCUGCUGCCCAUGCUGGAGAUGGUGCCUGAGAAGAGGGCGUCUGCGGGCGAAUGCCUCAACCACGCGUGGCUCAACUCCUAGCCACGCACACGCACAUACACCCCUACUCACCCCUCCCUCGCUCCUCUGCACCCCUAACACUCCCCCCUGGUGAGACAACGGCGAGCUCCUCCAUGAUGUCCUUAAUGGAAUGUAAAGACAAGCGUGUGGAUAAAAAAACUUUGUGGCCGUCUUCCGAAGUGACAGCUUGUUGAAAGGACCCGAUCGGGAUUAUCAAAGAUGCUGAGCAAAAUCGGAAAUAGACCUUAUAUUGGACAAUUACUGCCCAGAGCUCCUCCUGCCAUGACCUUUCAACCCUUCAAUCGUAUCGGGGACCUUCACUGGACGCUCUCGGCGGGGCCCCGUAUUGUUUCCUCAAAGAGCUGCACAGUCACCCGUGCUUCAGUGAGCGCCAUUGCAGAAAGCGCGAGGACAAAAUACAAACAAACAAAAAACAUGCAUGGUGAAUGGAUGCAACAAAUGGAGGUACGAUUUUCGCCGAUUAUUCCUAAGUUGGAUGAAAAGGAAGGCGAGUGUGUUCUCACCCGCAAUAGUCAGGUGUUGUCGUGACCCCCCCUCAAUUUUAAUGCUAACUCCCCCUUUACCCUUAAUGACAAAAUGGACAUUUGUGGCAGAGGUUGCACUUGUCGUCCUUCAGGAAUUUGAACACUUUGUACAUAAAACAAUAAGACACGGGAAAACACAUGCAUACACACACCGAACAUGGAAUGAGGCUGUGACACCCCCCCACCCCUUUCCUGCAACGCCACACACACCUGUCUCCCCCUUAAUCAUUUAUCACAACUAGUCCGGUUACCUAUUUUUUGCAAUUAAAAAAAACAAAAAGUAUAAGUAAAUGGCGAUAUUUUUCAAAAAAAAAAAAAAAUCUAAUUCAUUUAAAAAACAAAAACAAGGACAAAAAAGAAUUCCACUUCUCUCUGGUUGUUGUAACCGUGAACGAAUCUUAUUCUGAGGUGACUGUGUUUGUCUAUUAGAGAUUUUUUGCUGUUAAUUAAUAUAACUAUUAUUAUUAGAUUUUUUUACACCUCUCCUCUCCUCUCGUUAGCUGAUCAAUGCUGCUCUAUCUGGGCUCCUUAUGGUGGUUUAACACGCAAAAAAAAAAAAAAUAGAAUAAGUUUUUGCAAUAAAAGGGUAUGUAAUUUAUUUUUAUUGCAACAAAACCUCCUUAUUUCAUUGACUUUCUCUCAGCCAUGCUGACUGUUCUUCCUGAUGACAAAAGUGCGUCUGUUGUCUGUGUUUUUCAUUGACAGAUUUAAUAAAAUGCUAAAUGAUGGACUUCGA